CACAGCCUAAACGCCAUUCACCUUGAGGAGGAGAAGGAAAAGAAAGAGAAGGAGAUGCGCAAUCAGAUCAUAGCUGAAGCUGAUGCAUUCAGAGCUUAUCCCGCGUGAGGCUGACAAGAAGCCUUCUGUGACUGUUAUCCAGGGUCCUAAACCUGGGAAGCCCACCGAUCUUGGGAGAAUGAGGCAGAUUUUCCUCAAGCUCAAGACAAAUCCACCACCCCACAUGAUGCCUCCUCCUCCGCCCCUAGCCAAAGAUGGAAAACCUGCAGCGGAAACAAAAGGGGCAGAAGAAAAACCUGCAAGUGCUGAAACAGCGAAACCAGAGGUUGCUGCAGUUGCCUCGGGAGAGGGGGAGAAACCUGUGGCUGAGGCUGAGGGAGCCAAGGCAGACGUUCACGUUAAUCAUUUUGAUUCCACGUCUUAUAUUUGCAAGACUUGAGGAUUUACAGAUACUGGUUGUUUGUUGGAUGAAUAAUAUCUAUCAUAAGUUGUCUGUCAAUAGUUUGGGUGGUGAGA